AUGGCCACCAGCAAGCUCCAUCGAGCCAUGGGGUCCUCCAAAGCAUCUGAUGGGUUCCCCAGCAAGGUGGUAGCACCUCAUAAUUCAAAGCUGGUCAGAGAGGCAGAGGAGUCUGUAGCUCUGACUCCCUCUGCCUUCCUGAAGGAGAUGGCUCUCACCACCCAGCAGAGGCUGGCCAGCACUAGGGAGAUGAAGCAACCCCGGAUUAUCCAGCUUCUAGACAUGAGUGAAACCUCCCAUCAAAAGUUCUCAGCAGUUGACCUGGAACAGAGCUUGUUUCAGCCUUUCCCAUCAGAGGUGGUAUUUCAGAACUAUGUCCCCUGCGAGGUCCACGAAGUGCCACUGAUUCUGAGGAACAAUGACAAGGUGCCUCGGCUGGUGAAGGUUGUCUUGGAGAGCUCACCUUACUUCAAGCUGGUCAGCUCCCCCGAGGAGUGCCAUAAGGUAGCACCUGGCAUGCUGGCAACAUUCCACAUCCUUUUCACCCCUGAGGAGAAGAAGGAUUACUUCCACCAGCUCACCUGCAUCACAGAGAGGGAGAAGUUUAUUGUGCCCAUCCGAGCUAUAGGUCCCCGAGCUCUCCUGGACUUCCCUGACCAUCUCAACUUCUCCAGCUGUCCAGUCAAGUACAGCACCCAGAAAACUCUGCUGGUUCGCAACGUGGGUGACCGGGAGGCCCGGUACUGCAUCAGCACCCCGAGCCCCUUCUCUGUGGAUCCCUCCGUGGGGACUCUUGGCAUUGGGGACACCAUGCAAGUGACAGUGGAGUUUCACCCACUGAAGACUGGGCAUCAUUCCACAUCCCUGGUAGUUCACUAUGACACAGGUGAAGAUAUUCACACCAGCCUUUAUGGAACAGCUGUAGAUGUCAACAUCAGGCUGGACAGGAACUCCUUGACAGUGGAGAAGACUUACCUCACCCUGUCAAACCACAGAUCCGUGCUCAUCCACAACCAGAGUGAAAUCACUGCCCACUUCCAGUGGAAGGCUUUUGUCACCCAGGAAGAGGAGGAUGAGCACAAGCUGAGGCUGUGUGAGUGGCUGCAGAGGCAGGAGGAGGAUGAGACAGACCUGCUGAAGGUGUGUGUGGUGGAUCCCCUGCUCCGCGAUCGCCUGGUCCUCCUCUCCCGCACCUUCCAGAGCCACAGAGCAAAGGUGCAGGGAGACUCCAUGCUGUUCUCUGAUGACUUCUUCACCAUUGAGCCAGUGGAGGGGGAUGUCUGGCCACAUUCUUCAGCUGAAAUCCAUGUGAUCUUUAAGCCUCAAGAAGCCAGGGUCUAUCACCAAACCAUCUACUGUGACAUCUCAGGCCGUGAGACGAGGCUGCCCCUGCGUGUCCAAGGAGAAGGUGUAGGACCCCAGCUCUGCUUCAGCUUUGACCAGCUGGACAUUGGGAAGGUUUUUGUUGGAUCAGCCCACAGCUAUGAGGUGAUCCUGUUUAACAAAGGGGCCAUCAAUGCUCUCUUCAGCUUGAUCCCUCCAGCUACAGCUGUGGGCUCCUGCUUCUCCUUUCUGCCUGAUGAAGGUGUCAUUUUGCCCAACGAGCUCCAGGCCAUCCAGAUCUCCUUCAGUUCCACCAUCCUGGGGCAGUUCACAGAAGAAUUUGGGUUCAGUGUGAAAGGAUCCCCUGAGCCUGUCACCUUGACCAUCAGGGGCCGUGUCAUCGCGCCAACGUUCCGUUUCGACGUGCCCUCCCUCCACUUUGGGGAUGUCUCCUUUGGCUUUCCUCACACCUUGUCCUGUCGCCUCACCAACACCUCCCUGGUGCCCAUGACCUUCACCCUUCGCAUUCCUGGGGAUGGCUCUGGAAGGCCCAGUGUCACCAGUUUGGUUCAGAUGUCAGACAGGACUCGUGCAACCUGGAGGAGGAGAGCUCAAGGUCAUAGCAGGCCAACUGAGUUCACCAUAAAGCCACAGAGAGGGACCAUCCGCCCCCAGGGACUCCUGGAUAUCCAGGUCACCCUGUGCUCCAACACCCUGAAGCAAUACGAGCUGGCCCUGGUGGUGGACCUGGAUGGCAUUGGCAAGGAGGUGUUGGCAUUGCCCAUCAUAGCCAGAUGUGUGGUGCCAGAGCUGCAAGUCCUCAACCCCACCAUGACCUUUGGAAGGUGCUUUCUGAAACACCCUUAUCAGCAGAUGCUGACCCUGGUGAACACCAGUGACCUUCCAGGCUGCUACAGGCUUCUGCCUCAGGGAGGCAGGAAGGGUGCUGCUGUGUGGUAUUCCAGCCCCAUGCCCUGUGGGAUCAUCCAGCCUCUCAGCUCUGUGCAGGUCCCAGUCACUCUGGCAACCCAGAAGCUGGGGGAGCAGGACACUGUGGCUUAUGUUGCUGUGUUUGGGACUGAAGGUGAUCCCCUGAAAAUCCACUUAGUGAGUUUUGGAGAAGGGCCAGUUGUCUACGUGCACCCAAACAAGCUCCAUUUUGGCAAUAUCCAAGUUCUCCAAGAUGCUUCCCAAACCCUCUACCUCUCCAAUCAGGCUGUCAUCCCUGCAUCCUUCUGGGCAGAGAUGGCUGGCAAAUGCUCCCGCUGGAGGAUUGAACCCAGUAAAGGAGUCAUCCCCCCUGAGACUGAGGUGUCUUUGGCCAUCAUAGCAAACUUGGAUGACACUGAGAACUUCAAGGACGAGGUGAAGGUCUUCAUAGAGAACAGCCACACCUCUGUCAUCCCUGUCCAGGCUGUUGGCAUUGGCACCACCAUCGUCACCGACAAGCCCUUUGCUCCAAAGCUCGACUUGGGACCCCACUUCAGCCUGGAUUCCUGCUGUUACCACUUCAGGGUGACCAACAAAGGCCGGCGCACCCAGCGGCUCUACUGGACCACGGCGGGUUUCGCCCCGUUCCGCCAGCGGGAGCGCCUGCCUCCCCUCGGGGCCUCCAAGGGCAAAGCUUCCUCCCCCAACCCCAGACCUGCCAGCCCUGUCUUUAAACUUCGACCACUGGUCAUGGACCUGCUGCCAGGCAAGACUACAGAGAUGAUGCUGGAAGGCUCCUCCAGCACUCCCCAGGUGGUGAAGGAGCGACUGCUGUGCCAUUCCAUGGUGGGCAACAAGGGAGGGAAGGUGAAGAUCAUGCAGGUGGAUGUCAGCUGUGAGUUUGUGGCUCCUGUUCUGCAGAUCUCCUCCCAAGAAAUCACCUUCCGGGUGGAGAAGCACCCCAGUGAUGUCCUAACUCUUCAGUACAAGCCUCUUUCUUUAAAGAACAUCUCCUCCCUGCCACUCAGUGUUGUCCUGGUCUUGGAGCAACCCUUCUUCAUCUGCAGUGCAGACCAGCAGCCCUUCCCUGCAGAUGUUCAGCCCAUGAAGCUGGAGAUAGGGGAGGAACUUCAUCUCUCCAUCAGUUUUAACCCUGCUUAUGAAGAGGACUUGAAUAUCCGGGUGGUGGAGAAGGCUCUGAAGAUACAGUUUCUUGAGCACCCUCAUCAGGAGCAGGUCACCCUGCGGGGAGAAGUCUACUUCCCCAAUCUCCAUAUCCCAACCACCACCCUGGACUUUGGCUGCAUCUUGAAUGACACCGAGGAGGAGCGUUACGUGGAGAUGACCAACUGCAGCCCACUGCCUGUCCAGUACCACUGGUCCUUCCUGACAGACAGCCAGAUCAGCUCCAUGAGGUUCAGUCCUCCAGCACCUAAGUUCUUCCACGAGCCCCAAGCACUGAAGGAGGAGGGAGCUUGGUCAGAGCUCCCAGCACCUGCAGAGAGCAGGGAUGGGGCUGCAGAGGAGGCAGCUGAAGCCUUGGGAGAAGUGGAGGAUCCUGGCCAAGAGCCAGCAGAUGCAGAUGGCUCUCUGGAAGCUAAGCCACUGUCACCCACUGCUGCAGAGACAGAAGGUGCUGCAGAGGUGGAAGGUGCUGCAGAGGUGGAAGGUGCUGCAGAGGUGGAAGGUGCUGCAGAGGUGGAAGGUGCUGCAGAGGUGGAAGGUGCUGCAGAGAUGGAAGGUCCUGCAGAACCUCAGAGCCCAGUGAGGAUCAAGCAAUUGAUGCAGUUCAUGGAGACAGAGCCCCUGGCUUUGGGAGUGGAGGAGGUGUUUGACAUCCUGCCCCUCUAUGGGGUGCUGCAGCCAGGCCAGAGCCAGCAGGUCACCUUCACCUUCUUUGGCCACACCAACAUCGUGGCCCGUGCCCUGGCCCUCUGCAGGGUGGAGGGAGGUCCCACCUACCAGAUGGUGCUGAGUGGAGAAGCUUCACUCAUCAACUACCUCCUGGACAUCAGGGAGAUCAACUGUGGGGUGCAGCUGUUUCAUGAAGUCCUGGAAGCAGAGCUCACCCUGAGGAACAGCGGGAAGGUGGGCUUCACCUACGUGGUGCUGAGCCCCCCUGGCCCAGCCCCUGCAGACACAGCCCUGCCUGGUGUCCCCCUGGUCCUGCCCAGCUCCGGUUACGUUGGACCUGGCAAGGAGCAAGUGCUGAAGGUCUAUUACCUGCCAGGAGUGCCUGGAGUCUUCUGCAGGACUUUCCAGAUCCAAGUGGGUCACCUGGAACCAGAAGAAAUCUCCCUGAAAGGAGAGGGGAGCUUUCCCAGGAUCUGCUUGGACCUGCCUAGGAACAUCCAAGGAAAUGAAAAAUAUGAGAAGAUCCUCGUGGAGGCAAAACAGAAGAUGGGAAAAGGCAGGCAGAGAGAUGCAGCAGAUGUUCCAGGGGAGGCUGUGGCCACGGAGCCACCCGUGGACAACUCGGACCCCAUGUUGGACACUCUGCUGCAGAUGGAGAUGGAGGAGAUGCUGAUAGAGGAACAUGCCCUGGAGCAGCAGAAAGUCCUGGCCUCAGGUCCCCUGGAGGACACAGCCUUUGACCCGCGUGCUCGUCGGAGGCUUCUCAAAGCUCAGCUCCCUGAGUACCUCCUGGACUUUGGCCACGUUGUCCUUGGUAACAUCCAGAGCCACAGGGUGAAGGUCACCAACACCGGGCGCUUCCCCGUGUCCUUCCAGGCUGACGGGCGGGUCCUGGGUGACACAGGUCUGAGCGUGGAGCUGGGUCGCGUGAGGAGCCUGCCCUCCUGCCACAGCCAGACCUUCCAAGUGCUCUUCGACCCUCAGAGGGCCAGCCAGCUGCUGGGGGAGGUGGACGUGCUCCUGCCCAUCAAGGUCACGGGAGGCCCCACGUUUCACGUCCGCCUGUGUGCCAAGGUGGCCGAGCCAUCCCUCUGCCUCUCCAGGAACAGGCUGGACUUCUCCACUGUCCAGUGUGGACAGUGUCGGGAGGAAACUGUCCAGCUCUGGAAUCAGCUCCAGGUCCCUUGUAAAUGGUUCAUCACCACGAAUGAGGCUGUUAAGAAGGUGGACAAACACUUGCCAGCAAUCCUGCGUCGGAAGCUGCUGCAGGAGCUGAAGGCCAAGCCUGAUGUCUUCUCAGCUGUGCCCUCAGCUGGAACCCUGGCUCCAGGACAGAAGUGCCAGCUGAGGGUCAGGUUUUCACCCACAGAAGAGAAGUCCUACCGAAGUGAGCUGAAGAUCAACAUCUGCCAGAGCAGACAGCAGCUCCAGCUGCAGGUCUUGGGACGUGGUGUGGAGCCACAGCUGGAGUUCAACCCCCCAGUGCUUGAGCUGGGACCUUUGCUGCCCUUGAGCCGUUGGGCAGAGGGGACAGUGGUGGUGAAGAACCCCUGUGAGUUCCCCAUUGAGUUUUACUCCCUGGAGUUCGACCAGCAGUACCUUGCUGAGGAAGAGAUGCUGAGGAUGCUGAAGGACUAUGAUGGCCACAACACCUUAUUGCUGCCUCCACGUGCCCCGGGUGAGAAGCUGCCCCCAGAGGUCCUGGAGUACUGUCGGGACCAGAAGAAGCUGCAGGAUGAGCAGACCAAGUCCAGGACUGAGGGAUUAACAGGCCAGGACAGUGCGACCUCUGAAGAUGUCCAGUCUCAGUCAGAUCAAGGAGGAAAGCACUCUGCUGGGGUCGUUCACACCACCUCAUCCCAUACCUCAGUCAUUCCCUCCUCCACUCAUGAGGAAAGCCAGUCCAGCAAGGUGGAUUCCAAAUCUGAACUGGGAGAAGAUGAGGAGGGAGGAGCUGAGAGAAGACAUGGGACAGCAGAACCUCAGCAAAGCACCACCAGCAGCAAGGAGAACACAGGAGAGGUGGAAGACAGCCCUGUCCGUAGGGCCAUUGCCCGCCACCUCAACAAGGUUCUCUCUGCUGAAGGACACACGGUCCAGAGCCAGAGAGGGAUUGUCAUCAUUGUCCACGGGGCACCCCAGACAGGCAAGACCUCAGCAGCAGUGGCCCUGUCCAAUUACUACGGCACCGCCUGCUUGUCCAUCGACGCCGUGGUGAGAGAAGCCAUCUCAGACAGGAGCAGCCCAGCAGGGCUCCGGGCCCGGGAGCUCUGCAUGAAGGCUGCCAUGGAGCACAGCCACAAGGACACAGAGGAGCCUGGUCAAGCUGCAGAGGUGUCCCUCAGCCAGCAGCUGGGUGCUGAGGCCAAGCCCAGCCCAUCCAUGAGCCAGUCCAGCUCUGCAGAGAAGGGCAGCCAGCAGUCCAGCAGCUCCCGGAGCCGGGUCAGCAGGAGGAGGUCAGAGGCACGUGUGUUGCUGGCCCUCAAACAGCACAGCACGGAGCCAAGAAGCUCCCAGGACUCCUCCAGUUCCUACGUCAUCUCCUCCACUCCCUGCGUUCCCGCCCAGCGGUGGCAGAGUGUGAGCAGCACAGAAGGAGAGCUGAGCUUCAGGAGCUGUGUGCUGCCCAGGGACCUGCUGCUGACCAUCCUCUCCAAAAGGCUGCAGCUGAGUGACUGCUACCAGGGGGUGGUGUUUGAUGGCCUGGAAACCCUCUUUGCACGCAACCCGGCCUCUGCUCUGCUCUGCCUGCUCAAAGCUGUCAGGGAUCGGCCUCACAUCUAUUUUGUGAACCUGUCCCAGGGUUAUGCUGCCUUGAAAGCCAAGGAGGCAGCUGCAAAAGAGCAGCAAGAACGGGAGCAGGAAGAAGCUGCAAGGAGGGCAAAAGCACGUCUCUGGGAGGUGGAUGAGGAGGAGUAUGAUGCCCUCCCUGAGGAGCAGAAGGCUGAGCUGAACCAUGACAUACGACGAGCCCAGCGGGAGAGGAAGCAGAGGGAGAUGGAGAAGAAGGCUCGAGAGCUUGCAGAAAAGCAACAGCAGGAGCUACAACGCUUGAAGGAGGAGGAGAUGAAGAAGAAGGCUAAGAAGGGCAAGAAGGAGGUUGGCAAAGACAAAGAUAGUGCUUCGGGGAAGAGAAGCCAUCCUGGAGGCAAGCAGAACACAAACACAUCCACCAGCAACACCGUGUCCACCAGCAAUCGCUCGGAUGUCACGGAAGGGGUAGAGAAGAAAGGACCUAAAAAGGAGUGCCCAGAGUCUGUUGGAAAUGGGAAGGAAGCCAAGAAGCAGGGCAAGGUUCCCCUGACAGAUCCCUGCCCACCAGGGCCUGCCCAGCCCUCGGACCGAGAACAGGACGAGAGCAAAACUGAGGCCCCGAGUGACAGCGAGAAGAACUUGGCCCUGAGGUUUCAGAUCUACGAGGCACUGCAGAAGGACAUUGCACAUAUUUUGGCCUGCUGGGACAGGGCUCAGGGCAUCCUGCUGUCCCUUCCCACCCAAGAGGAGGUGAAGCAGCAGGAAGACCAUCGCCAGCAUGUGUCCAGCCACAAGAGGCGGAAGGACAAGGAGAAGGAGCAGCUGGAAAAACAGAAGGCUCCUGAGGAAGGGCAAGGUGCAGAAGGGUCAGCCAGAGGCCAGGAUUCAGGGGUGCCCUGCUUGGACAUCCCAGUGCUGAACUCAGAAGAUGUGACUAAGAUGAUCCUGGGGAGUGGCAAGCUGCCAGCAGCAGAGCAGGUCCUGGAGGACCUGGGACUGGAUCCCUCAGGGCCUCCUGUUCUCCCUGCUGCUCUUUACUCUGUGAUCCACUACCCAGAGAAGCGGGUGGCCCCUGCAGCAGGAGAAGCCUUUGUCCUUCUGGGACCAGAAGGUGCUGCUGUGGAAGAUGAAAAGAAGGAUAUGGGAAGUGUCCUGGAUAGCCCCAUCACGGCCAGAGUGAAGAUACACGAUGAGCUGGGCAACCCCACCAGGAGCCACUCAAGGAAGGAGAAACCUGCGGGCAGCUGGGAGGCCAUGAGGAGGAGGAGGAGCUCUGCCCGGGCCAGGAAGAGUAUCCAAGGGCUGGGCCUGUCCACACGUUCCCCUGAGUUGGACCCAAACAGCCUGGACAUAGCCUCAAUCCUAGGGAAACCUGUCAGGCCGAGCAGCUACCGCUGGGUGGUGCCUGCCCGUGGUGAGGUGGAACUGAAGGUCUACUUCAGCUCCAGGGUGCUGGGGCAGUUUGAUCAGACGCUGCAUUUUGAGAUCCUGGGAACAAACCGUCUGUACCAGCUGCACUGCAGGGGCACCUGCCUCUACCCCACCAUCAGCCAGGACCCACGGCUGGUGUUUCCUCGCUGGAUAAAGAGCAAGGCAGAUGAGGACAUCAUCUUCAAGCAGUUUGUGAUGGACACGGGUGUGUUCCACUUUGGGCCUCUGCUGUGUGGGAAGUCCAGAGCCCGGUACAAGGCUCUGGACUAUCCCAGCAACUGUGAGACAAUAACCAUCCUCAACACCACCCCCUUGGAAGCAGAGGUGCAGUUCUCCUUCGAGCACGACCUCAAAGCCGACACGUUCCUUUUGGACCCUCCCAGCAUGAAGCUGAAACCUCACGAGAAGCAGGAGCUGAACAUCUGGGCAUACCCCACCUCAGCUGGGCUGGUGGAGGACAAGCUGGUCUGCUGCGUUCAGGAGAACCCGGAGCCGGUGACCUUCCAGCUGUGCUGCCAAGGGGUGCAGGUGGAGCUGGGGGUCAACCCCAAGCAGCUGCAUUUCAACAAGGUGCUUCUGCACAGGAGGGAGAGCAGGACCCUGGUGCUACAAAACAGCACCCCACUGCCCAUGGCCUGGCGACUCAGUGGGCUGGAGAACCUGGGUGAGGACUUCUCUGUGUCACAAGCUGAGGGCAUCGUUGCUCCCUGCACAGAGUUGGAGGUGCAUCUGUAUUUCAAGGCCACCAAGGCUCUCAGCGUUAAGAAGAUGAUCCGGCUAGAGGUUUCGGAUGAAGAAAAUAUCCUGGGGAUUGUUCAGAUUGAAAACAUCCAAGUCUUGGCAGAGGCCUACGACAUUGCUCUGAACAUCAGCAUGGCCAAAGCUACAGAUGGCAGCCUGGAUUUUGGAAUCCUCAGGGUCCUGGAAUGUGCCAAGCAAGUGCUGACCCUGAAGAACAGAGGGAAGUACGAGAUAUCCUACAGUUUCAAGCUGGAAGAUACAGACACCAACAUCCCCAACUUGGAGUCCCACUUCACUCUCCAGCCACAGAAGGGAAUGCUGACUGCCUCCGAGCGCCCCGUGCAGGUCCAGCUGCUCUUCCACCCCAAGGUGGAAAUGAACCUGAAGAACAAACCCAUCCUGCACUGCCAGGUGAUUGAGCCCAACAUCGGUGAAGGAGGUGAGACCAUCGCUGUCAUCCCCGUCAGGGUGUCAGCUGAAGCUGUGUUCAGCAAGUACAGCAUCUACCCUGCAUCCCUCAACUUUGGUGCCAUGAUGAUGGGCACCAAGAAAACCUGCACCUUCUCACUGGAGAACAAAGGUGUCCUGGACUUUCAAUUCUUCAUCUACCGAGCAGACCAGGAUGUGCCUGCGUUGCGAAGGAGAAGUAGUCACCAACUCAAAUCCACCCACUCCAUGGAGAGUGCAAGCUUAAGAAAAGGGUCUUUCUCAGUCAAGCAAAGCAAGACCUUGCUGCAGAAGGACACGAGCACCACGCAGGCUCGUAUCACUGCAGGCAUGUUCACGGUGUACCCAGGCUUUGGUUCCAUCCCUCCUGGGGCCCAGCAGGUCAUCAUGGUGGAUUGUUGUGCAGAGCCCCUGGGGACAAGCAGGGAGAACCUCUCCAUCGAUAUCAGUGACAGAGACCCCAAGGACAACCCCCUUGGCAUCUCCUAUAGCCUGGCUGCUGAGUCCUGCCUCCCAGGAUUUGUUUUUGACGACGUCGAGUCCAUCUUUGAGGAGCAUCGAAUCUGCAGCAACACCAAGGUCUGGCAGGUCCUACAGACCAUUCAAGACAAGGGUGUGUUCAUCACAGAGGAGAACAAGUUCAUCUUCACCAAUGUUCUGGUUGGGCACCAGGCCACAGCUCGUUUCAAGAUCCGCAACAUGGGCAAAAUCCCCUGUGACUUGAUCCUCUCCAUCAAGCCCAACCCCAGUAAGCCCACCAGCCGCGUCAGUGACGUUUUCGAGGUGGAUCCCACUCGGGUGUGUGUGCCCAGUCACUCCCACAUCUUUGCCACCGUGCUCUUCACCCCACAAACCAUGCAGAGCUACCAGUGCCUGUUUGAAGCUUCCCUCGACGUCCGGGCAAGCUCUGCAGCAAUUAAAGCACAGAGUCUGACCUUUGAGAUCAGUGGAGAUGGGAACCUGCCUCGGGUGACUAUCCUGCGCCCAGUCCUCUGCAACAGGAGGGGGAACCCUCUGCUCCUCUUCAAGAAGCUGCUGCUGGGUGAUGCACAACAACUCCCCCUGGUCCUUCACAACAGUGGCAUCAUACCUGUCCAGCUGAUGAUAGACCUGUUGGAUGAAGGGGGAGUUUUCUCCCUGAAGGCCAGGCCCACCACACACUGCAUCUAUGAACCUGGGGGCAUGAAGGAGGACUCUCCUAGAGAAGGGAGGAAGCCCCACACUGCUUCCCUGCUCCUGCAUCACGAGGAAUCAGCAGAGUUUGAUGUGCUUUUCAAACCCAUCCUGGCCCAACGUGUGGAGGGGAAGAUCCGCCUGUCCGUGGUGGACAACCCCUACGAAGAGACCAACAUUCAGCUGGUGGGGGAAGGCUACGAGGAUGACUUCACCCUGGAUAACAUCCGCGGCCUAGAGGCAGACAGCAAGGAGGACAUUGAGGACAGUCCUGAGGAAGACACAGUGGAGGCUGCCAGAGUGGAUCACAUCCAGUUUGGGGAGUGUCACGUCGGGACCCCCUACGCUGCCACCUUCACCAUCACCAACCGCAGCCGGGCGGACGCCGUGCGCUUCCAGUGGGGGGCAGACCCCCCCUUCCACUUCUCCCCCCAGGUGGGCCACCUCCACGCUGGCUGUGCCAAGGACAUCACGGUCACCUUGCAGUCGCAGGUGGCCGUCACCUUCAGGAGGCAGCCUGUGAAGUGUCAGGUGUCUCGGAUCACCUUCCACCUGCCUCCAGAGCAGGUUCCCAGCUGGGACGACCGCCUGCGCACCGCCAAGUGGGUGGAUGCCACCAGGGGCCCAGGAGCCACCUGGCCUGUCAAGGAGAAGGUGAUGGAGAUAGAUCCAGAGCCAGCUCACACUGUCCUGGAGAGCAGCAGCCAUGACGUGGAGCUUCUCCUCAGUGCUGUGAUUGACUAUGCCCAGUUCAGGCUGGAUACAGACUCGAUUGAGUUUGAGCAGACCAUGCUCUUCCAGACCAGGACCUUCACUUUCAAGCUGUGGAAUCCAGGGAAUGUGGCCCUGGAAUACACCUGGAGGGAGGCUGUGGAGGAUGACAGGGCAGUGAGCUCGACUGAGGGGCAGCUCCCAUCCCAUCUGGUUGGGGAUUCCCACCACUCCACUUCUGAUGCCACUGCCGUGCUCCCAUCCAGCCUUGAUUCCAUCCCCUCCUCCCAGAACUCCUCUCUGGGUUCUCCCUUCUCUGUCGAGCCCUGCAGUGGCACCAUCCCUGCUGGCCAGGAGCAGCAAUUCCAGAUGAAGUUCUCUCCAGUGCACGUGAGGGACUUUGAGAGCCACAUGCUCUGCAGUAUUCCCAACCUGGAGCCUGGUCAGAAGGGCCCAGAGGUGGCUGUGAAGGGGACAAGCCUGAUGCCACGUUACCACUUUGAGCUGGAAGAGUCUGACUACAUCACUGCAAGAAGGCACAGCUCGGGUGUGCAGGGACCAAAGGGGACAACGUUUGACCUCAACACGAAGGUGGUUGAGUUUGCAGCAGCUGGAGUGGGUGGCAGGAACUGCAGGACCUUCCUGGUUAUGAACCCAACUGGCUCCAUGUAUUCCUUCCAGUGGACUUGUCAAGAUCCUGAAGCCCCACCAGGCCAGGUGGCUUUCUUCUGCCUCACAGAGAGAGGUCAACUCCAACCAGGGAAGAAAGCAGAGUUGAAGUUUGAGUUCAUCCCUCAGCACCUGGGCAUCACAGAAUCCUUCUGGGUCUUCAGAAUCCCUGAGCAGAGCAUUUCGGUCCCGUUCCUCUUGGCGGGCACUGCCACCGAUCCGCUGGUGGCUCUGGACAGAUGCCACCUGAACUUCCAGAUCCUGCUGAUUGGGCACCAGGUACAACAGACUAUCUAUAUGGUCAACAGUGAGAAGGAAGCCUUCAGCUUUGCUUUCAGAGAAAGCUCUCUCUUCUCUGAGGGAUGCUGCUCCUCCGUGAAGUUGGAGCCCAUGGAAGGCUCCAUUGCUGCUACCUCAAGGCUUCCCAUUACAGUCGUCCUCACACCAACAGUGGAAGGAGAGGUGGUCUUCAACAUCAAGUGUGAUGUCAAGAGGAAGCCCCAGCCCCUCUCCUUGAACAUCAAGGCCACCAGCUACAGUAUGAAUGUGUCAGUCAGGUGUGAGGACAGGAAUGGUCAUGUCACUGAGCUCAGUGCACAGGAGACCAACGUCAUUGAUUUCAAGGAGGUGCAGCUAAAUGACAUCAGCAAGCACAUCUUCAGGAUCUGCAAUAACAGCAAGAUCAGCUUCACCUUCUCGUGGGAGCUGAGGGGCCCCCCAGCCCGUAAGCAGGUCCUGGCUGUCACCCCCCAGACAGGCACCGUGCAGGCAGAGGAGGAGGUGGAGACCCAGCUGGCUUUUCAACCCCGCAAGAUGUGCUCUCUGAAGGGUGUGGAGCUGAGGCUGAAGAUCAGCAGGGGUCCCACCUUCACCUGCGUGUUCCAGGCCACCACGGUACUGCCCACUGUCCACUUCUCCACCACCAAACUCAACUUUGGAGCCUGCUUCAUCCACAGUGCUGGGAUGCCACCUGUCCAGCAGACCCUUGUCAUCACAAACAAGGCAGAAAGGAAUCUGAGUCUGAGCUGCCGGUUCACCAGCACCCCCUACCUGAAGCUGAACUUCCCAGGGUACGUCCUGUGCCCAGGAGGGUCACUGGAGGUGCCCAUCACUUUCUGCCCCAAAGAGGCCACCUCUUACCAUGAGCUCAUCCCUUUUGAAAUCAACGGGCUCUGUGAGCAGACUGUUGAGGUCCGAGGGAAGGGCACAGCCAUGAAGGUCGAGGUUGUGGAGCCCCCAGGCAAGGUGGUGAAGCUGGGAGCUGUCUCCGUUGGCCAGACUGUGAAGAAGAUGGUCACCAUAGCAAACAACAGUGCUGCCCCUCUCACUUUUAAGCUCAGUCUCAUGAGCACCGUGCCAGAGCUGCAGGAAGCUGGGGUUCUCUGCUUGAACCCCAGCAACGGCCUGAGUCUGAAGCCCAGAGGAGACACCUGUAAGGUGGAGGUGACCUUCUCCCCGAGGUGCCGCAUCCAGCCCUUCUCUGAGGAGGUGACACUGGAGCACAGUGGGUUGGUGCACUCCCUCUUCGUGGUGCAGGGCUCCUGCCCAGCCAUCCACCUCAGCCUGGACCAUGAGCACCUCAGCUUUGGAACUGUGGUGUACCAGAGCUCCACGUGCCAACGCCUCGUCAUGCACAACAUGGGCGACGUAGGAGCCAAGUUUAGGUGGGACGUCGAGAGCUUCAAGCCAGAUUUCUCCAUCAGCCCCACCAAAGGUUACAUCUCCUCAGGAAUGGAUGUCUCCUUCAUUGUGACUUUCCACCCUACCAAGCUGAGCCCUGCUAUCCAUUACCAGGGCCUGCAGUGCUUCAUCCAGGGCAGUGAGCCUCUCAGGCUGUCCCUGGUGGGAUGCUGCAUGGAGGCCCCUGUCACCAAGGAGAUCCUGACUUUCACGUGUGAUGUGCGUGAGGAGCUCAGCCAGGUCAUCCUCCUCUCCAACUCCAGCAAUGAGGCCUGGACCAUGCAGCCUGUCAUCGAGGGGGAGUACUGGAAGGGGCCUGAAUUCUUCCAUCUAGAGGCCAAUCAACAGAACAAGCCCUACAAGCUCACCUACAAACCCCUCACCAUGACCUCUGAGAAGAUGCAUCAGGGCUCCAUCUUCUUCCCGUUGCCAGAUGGGACAGGCUUGUCCUACCUCCUGCAAGGCACUGCUCAGGCUCCCAAGUGUUCAGGGACCAUCUCCCGGGAGGUCCCAUGUAGGACUUCCCACACUGAGCUCAUCCCUGUCUCCAACUGGCUGAACAGAGCACAGAGGUUCCUCGUGAUAGUGGACGUACUCAAACCAGACAACCCAGAAGAAGGCCCUUUGCUGCAGGGGCAGGAAUACCUGGACGUGCCAGGCUCUGCCAAGAAGGACUACCAGCUCACGUUCCUCUCCUACAGGGAAGGAGCCUUUCAAGCAUCAGUGACCUUCCUCAACGAGGAGACCCAGGAGUACCUGUUCUACAUGAUGUCUUUCAAGGUCACAGCUUCAAGACCCAUCAGCACCGUUGAAAUCACCACGGCCGUUCGGCAGAGAGCGUCUUCCAGCGUCAAGGUGGACAACCCUCUGCCUGUCCCUGUCACCUUCAACAUCGACUGCAAAGUGCCUGAUGUCAACGUUCCCCCUCAUUUCACUGUUCCUCCACAGUCAGAGGCUGAUCUUGUUUUUGAGUACCAGCCCGUGAAAAAGGGGGAGAGCACUGGGCGCCUGGUGCUCCACAGCACCGACCUGGGCACUUACUACUACGACCUGCACCUGAAAGCCACUGUGAGCAGGCCAGAGAAAACCCUCCACUUCUGCACCACACUGGGCUCUAGUCAGACCAUCACUGCCCAGAUCAUGAAUUACGCCCGACAGAAGACAGACUACGUCCUCCAGACCAGCAGCGACGAUUUCCUGACGGAGAAGACCCUCAGCGCACCCGCCGCCGGCCGAGGGGGCUCGGCGCUCAGCGUGGAGGUGACCUACGAGCCCUGCCAGCUGGGUGAAUCCAAAGCCACCCUCCAGCUCUCCUCCCCUCUCGGAGGGGACUACACCAUCCCCCUCCGGGGCCUGGCUCUCCCACCCAAACCCCAGGGCCCUUUCUCGGUCAGGGCGGGCGGCAGCACCACCAUCCCCUUCAAGAACGUCUUCCCGCGGGCCGCCGCCUUCCGCUACACGCCGGAGCACCCCGCCUUCUCCGUCAAGGCCCCCGAGACCCUGCGCCCCAAGAAGACCGCCUACAUGACGGUGUCCUUCGAGGGAGGCGAGACCCCCCUCACCACCAAGCUGCUGGUCUACAGCCCCGCGGCCGGCGGCGUCUCCUGGCUCUACUACCUGCGGGGGCUGCCCUCGCUGAAGUGACCCCCCGAGAGGCAGCCCCCCGAGGGGGGAACGACUGCUGGGCAGGGCCUCCCCUCACGCUGAGCGGUGGUUGAUUCAGUCACUUCCCCCCUUCCCCUCACGGCUGAGCGGUGGUUGAUUAAUUCA